CUAGUGUAUUUAUAUUUAACCUUGUAGAUGAAUUUUAAAUUUUUUUGUUUUGGUCCCUUCCAUUAAACAUUAAGCAUAUUAAAAUUUUGAUGGGGUAAUACUACAGAUUUAUUUGAGGAAAGGUGGUCUUCUCUGUAGUAACUUUUAUAAUCUACCCACAUGAUAGGUAUAAUUGAGAAACUAAUGCCUCAUAUAUGAAUAAGCCCUUUCAAUAAGGACAGAAACCCCAGGUUUGAAGUAACUCCUUUUUUUUUUUUUUUUUGCCACAGAUACCCCAAUUUCCCCACAGCUUCCAUUGGAAAGGGAAUAUUUUUCAAUUUUUCUGCAGUACAAUCUCUGUCAUUUAAGUAUCUCUGAGGGCUGGGGAAUUAGCUUGGUGGCACUGUGCCUGCCUCAGAAGCACAAGGUCCUGAGUUUGAUCCCUGGUACCAAAAGAAAAAAAAGUAUGUCUGAGAAUUCUGUCUCUAGUUCCACAGGUUUAAUUAUUCAGCCCUUUGCCAGGUCCACAUUGUUGUAGCUUUAUAACAUUGUCAUGCUCUGCAGAGUGACAUUUUGGCCAUUUAUGGACUACGUAUUGCAAAGGUAGCCAUAACAUACAGCCCAGGUCUAUGGAGGCUGUGCUGUCCAGAUUUAUGUAAGUAUAUCAUAGUGUAGAGAGGGAAUCAUCCUAAGAUUCAUUUCCCAGAAUGUAUCCUCAUGAAGAGGUGUGGCUGUGUAUGUACAUACGUAUGUUACAAUUAGUAAUGGGUAAUUAAUAUAUCACAUAAAUUUACCAGUGGACUUUCAAUUUCAUUAAUCUUUUUUUUUUUUUGGUACUAGGGAUCGAACUCAGGACCUUGUGCUUGCAAGGCAGGUGCAGUGUCACUGCACUAAAUCCCUGGGCCUUUCAUUAAUCUUUUAAAAGAGCCAACAUUUGGCAUUGGUGAUGUUCUGUGGGGCUGGUGUCAUUUGAGGAUGUGUCUGUGGACUUCACAUGGGAGGAGUGGAAGGAUCUCAGUGAUGCCCAGAGGAACCUCUACAGAGAAGUGAUGCUGGAGACCUACAAUAAUCUGGUGGCCUUGGGACACUGCAGUACCAAACCUGCUGUGAUCUUCAAGUUGGAACAAGGAUCUGGGCCAUGCAUGGUAGAAGAAGCCCCAAGCCGGUGCUUCCCAGAUGUCCAGAAAGUAAACGGUCGUAUUCAGACAAACCAGGAAAAUCAAGAGAAACAUUUUUGGCAAGUUGUAACCACAUCAGCUGAGAAGAAGGUUGAAUUGGUAAAACCAUUUAAUGUGAACUCAAACCAUAUUUCAGUUCUGAAUAUAAAGAAUGGAAACUAUUCAGGAGUGAACCCUGAGGAACUUAGCAUAUGGCAGAAUGUGCUUCUCCCUGGUGAUCCACAUGAGGUGCGAACUGGAGAGGAGCCUGUUGAUCUUAAUGUAACUGGGAAAUCCUUCGGACAUCCUGAAUACCUUAGUCUGCAUAACAAAAUUCAAGGUAUACAAAAGCAUUUUCAGUAUUGUGGACAGGAGAAUGCCUACAACAUGAAAGCAGUAUUGACACAUAAAAAGAUUCAUGUGGGAGAGACUUCCAGUAAGUUUAAUGAAUAUGGGAAAGACUUUGAUAUGUUAGCAUUUAUUUCCCAAGAGAUGACCCAAGCAAGGGAGAAUUCAGUUGAAUAUAAUGUCUGUCAUAAAGCACUGUAUAAAAAGGCUAAACUCAACGGGCAGAAAUAUUAUGAAAGUAGUGAUUUAGGAGAACCUUUCUUUAGCAGAUUACAUGUUACAGAACAUCAGAGAACACAUGCAGGGGAUGAGCCCUAUAGAUGUAAUGAAUGUGAGAAAUUCUUCUGUCAAAAGACAGAACUAAAUAUGCAUCAGAGAAUCCACAGAGAAGCAAAAUUAUAUGAAGAUUAUGAAGGUAGAAAAAACUUUAACCAGAAGCAAAAUCUCAGCAGAUUUCUGAAAACUCAAAUGGGUGAGAAGCCAUAUGAAUGUUACAUGUGUGAAAAAUCCUUUUACCGAAAAUCACACCUCAAUAGGCAUCAGAGAAUUCACACUGGUGAGAAACCCUAUGAAUGUAAAGAAUGUAGGAAAACUUUCUACCAUAAAUCAUCCCUCAUUAUACAUCAGAGAACUCACACAGGUGAGAAACCUUAUGACUGUACAAAAUGUGGGAAAGCUUUCUACUGCAAGUCAGACCUUACGAUACAUCAGAGAACUCACACAGGUGAGAAACCAUAUGAAUGUGAAGAAUGUAGGAAAACUUUCUACUCUAAGUCACACCUCACGAUACAUCAGGGCAUUCACACAGGUGGUAAACCAUAUGUAUGUGAACAGUGCGGGAAAACUUUCAAUCGUAAGUCUAACCUCACUGUACAUAAGAGAACUCAUACAGGUGAGAAACCCUAUGAAUGUAAUGUAUGUGGAAAAUCCUUUUACCGAAAGUCACACCUCAGUACACACCAAGGAACACACAGAGGUGAGAAACCAUAUGAAUGUAAAGAGUGUAACAAAACAUUCAAUCAUAAGGCAGCACUCACUGUACAUCAGGGAACUCAUACAGGAAACAAACCGUAUGCAUGUAAAGAGUGUAAGAAAACUUUCCUCCAUAAGUCAUCUCUCACUGUGCAUCAGAGAAGUCACACAGGUAACAAACCUUAUGCAUGCGAAGAAUGUAGGAAAGCUUUCUACUCUAAGUCACAUCUCACUGUGCACCAGAGAACUCAUACAGGUGAGAAACCCUAUGAGUGUCAAGAAUGUGAGAAAUCCUUUCACCAGAAGUCAUACCUCAGCAGGCAUCAGUUAACACAUGAAACUGAGAAACGAUUUGAAUGUAAACAGUGUGGGAAAACUUUCUACCAUAAGGCAUCCCUCAUUAUACAUCAGAGAACUCACACAGGUGAGAAACCAUAUGAAUGUCAGCAAUGUGAAAAAUCCUUUCACAAGAAGUCAAACCUCACCAGGCAUCAGAUAACUCAUGAAAAUGAGAAACAGUUAGAAUGUGAAAAAUGUGAGAAAACUUUCUCCCAUAAAUCGUCCUUCGUUGUACAUCAGAGGACACACAUGGAAGAAAUUGUGUGAAUAUAAUAAAUGAGAAAACCUUACCAGAAGCCAACCUGACAGAAUAUCAGAGAAUUCUCACAGAGCAGACAACCUAAAAAUAUAAUGGUGUGAGAGUUUUUGUGAAAAGGCACACAUUAACAGACAUCAAGGAGCUCACACACAGUAGUCCCCUGUAGCAGAGAUUGGCUGUGUGUCUUCCAAAAUUGUUUUUAAUGGGAUUCAUAGCUUGCCUUUUUUAGCCACUGAUAGUGUGUUUUGGACCAUAUACUGGAACUGUACAGCAGAAUACAGAUACUUCAAACCUAGCACCCCCCCCCCCCCAAUCUGUUAAGUUCUAAAUUGUCCCUGGGUUCUUAUGCACUUUGGACCUGAAGCAAACCUGGCUGCCCAGGCUGGUCUUAGGAGCCAUAGGUCACUGGGUUUAAGAUAAACAUAAUUGAUCUGAAAGAGCAGAGCUCUUCCCACCUUUAUCUCCCAAAUAUUCCAUGUUUAGUUUACAUGAGUGAGAAAUACUUUGUUGAACCAUUGUGUUUGUUCUGUUUGCAUUAUAGUGCAAACCCACUAUAGCUAAUUCACUUUAUAAGCUUUCUGAGAGAUGUUACUUGUCUUUUGAUAUUGCAGAAUUCACAUGGAGAAACCUCUGCCAACACAUGUUAUUUUCAUGUCAGUUUCUGGAAAACAAAGCAUUUGUAGAGAAAUUGUAGCAAAUGGAGAAUCGUUUAGUAGACAGGAAUAUUUCAUUGAACACUGAAUAAGGCAGAUAUUCAUAAAUUUGUUUCAUGUGUAAAUGCUUCUGACAAACCUUCCAAAUUUUGUGUAUUGGAAAUUAGUCAUGAAGGAAGGAAAACUGUCAGUUUCUGUAAUAUAAAUAUUUUUCAAAUGGAAAUGUUAAAUAUAGUAUUGGAAAUCAUUUAAAAAUAUUUCACUGUAUGCCAAUAUAUAUAAAUACAAAUGGCAGUAUUUUCUGUUAAGAGUACAUUGGACAUUUGUGAUUAUUGAAGUUGGAUUUUGGGCAUUGCUGUUGGCAUCUAGUGGAGGCCAGACAUGCUGUUUACCAGCCUACAAUGCACAAAAUGUCCCAUAAUAUAUUAGUAUUUUGUGUUAACAUACUUUCCUUGUUGGGUUCCAGAACAACUGUGCAGAGCAUAUGUAUAGUUUUUGUAAUCUAAUGACUGGGGCUGGGUAUGUACUUCAUUGGUGGGGUAUAUGCUUACCAUGCAUGAGGGCCUGUUUUCAACUCUCAGCAUUGACAUAUCAAUAUUUUGGCUUAUGUUAAAAUUUUCUACAUUAAGUGCCAUUGUAGACCAUUUAUAUUUUGUUUUAUAUUGUCUCUGGUAUUAUACUAUGAUUUCUUUCCUUUUCUCCUAAUGUUUAUAAAUGUGUAUGGACACUAUAAAUAUCUUGUAACAGAUUUUUUUCUAAUGUAUAAAGUGAGCAGAAACAUUCAUAUGGAAAUAUACAAAUCAAGCAUGUAAUUGUUCUCAA